AUGAGACCAGAGGAGGAGCUGGAAUAUCUGACACCACCCACCUGCGAUCUGCUCAGCCUUCUGCUGAAGAACAGACGCCCCACUGGAGCUGUCAACGAGGUUUGGCCCAACCUCUACAUCGGAGAUGCGGCUACAGCUCAGCAUAAAACCCUGUUAGUGAAUCUGGGAAUAACACAUGUGGUGAAUGCUGCAGAUGGCCCCCAGCACAUUGACACCGGGCCACGUUUCUACAAAGACAUCAACAUACAGUAUCAUGGAGUAGAAGCACCAGACUGUAAAGACUUUGACUUGAGCCUGUUCUUCACUGAGACGGCGGAUUUCAUUCAUAGUGCUCUGAGUCAGAAAGGUAAGGUGCUUGUCCACUGUGCACGAGGAAUCAGUCGCUCAGCGACUCUAGCACUGGCCUUCCUCAUGAUCAAGGAAAGACUUACCCUUGUAGAGGCUGUGGAGGUUGUUCGCAGGCGCAGAAACAUUCUUCCAAAUGUUGGAUUUCUGAAUCAACUGUGUCACUUGGACUCCUCCUUGGCCCUGCAGAGGAAAACUGCACAAUAUCAAUGA